AUGAUGUACAACUGGCUACUUGAACGACAUAUAGUUCGGUCGAUUCCAACAGUGAUUGGAGCGUACAGUAGUCUCUGUGCACUUUGUGCUACACUAUGCUGCUGUGCUAUUGUACUGGUUGUUUCUCUCAUUCCGCUGUACUUAAAUAACAGUACAGGUCAAGGACUGGGGGAAUUUUACUGCCUUAAUAAUUAUAGUUUACAAGUGGGAUUUCAAAUUCCUGAAUACAAUACAACAUUUACUGAUACGGUGACUAGAGCAGCAUAUACUUUCUCAACUAACACCGUUUCGUUACCGAGUGUUAUUGGAUCAUGUGUUGCUACAAACUGCCAAGCUCGAACAUCAGAGUCCAUCACUGUUAGUGAUCUGUGUGCAUUUCAGGUGAAAUCAUUGAUUUCUCCAGCUAUUCCAAAUGCAAAAGUGUUCAAUAGCUAUGCUUUGAGUGAAGCUUGUUAUCGAACCUUACAAAGUUGCCAUUAUGAUUCACUGCUAACAUCGUGUCUUUUAUCAAAUUGUGUAGUGGUUGGCCUUUCUAGUGCAUCCUCGAGCGUUUCGUCACCUUUAACUUAUUACUUUCUAAGCUGUACGACAAAUAUUUAUUAUCAAACUCGUUGUAUGGAUGCUGGACCCAAUGAUCGAUUGUACUAUUCUAGUUCUCAGCAAAACAGCGGUUGUCGUCAACAACGUUUAGACCAAAUCAACAAGUGUUUAAACUCUACAAUCGCGUUGUUAAAUGUUCCGUCCGCCAUAAGUGUUUCUAGUGGUUUAGUCACCGCUACAACUGGCAGUUGCACUCAAACCGUUGCUUCUAGUAGUAGUCAACUGAAUAUAAACAGCAAUUUAACCCCAGCGACUACUGGAUCCGUUCCAUUCGCCUGGACGCCUACUUCAACAUCAGUUACAUCAAGUACCACUUUUCAAAGUGCAGCAUUUUCAGCAUCAGAUCAAAACGAUGGUCAUGCUUAUAGAAUUACGUCUGUUAAUAGUGCAGUAUACAGUACAACUCAAGUUGGUGCUCGAUACUGCGGUGCUAUAACCCGUGCACAAAUCGCUUCCGCUAUUAACGAUGUGAUUAGCUCUCAAAGUUCUUGA